ACGAGAAAGUAGAAUAAAAAGGUGUCCCAUCUUCCCCUGCCCUACUAUAACAUUUUAUUCCGAAGACGGCUACGUAAUACUUAGUAUGCACAAGCUCGUCGUGCAUUCAGCACGUUUUCCCGACAUUUAGACAACGAUGAUCAAUGUAUAGUACUACUGAUACGUCGUCAUUUCGUAAUUAGUUAUACAUCAAUACGCAAUGCGCCUUGUUUUCGGUUACAGUGCGCUUUAUAUUUUCGUACUUCUACUGUUGGGUGCAAAUUUGUUUUCUAGCAGUAAAGUGAAGCAAUAUGACGAAAAUAUUCUUGUUUUUGUGUCUGAUGGGAAUUUUGUUCGCGUUCAGUGAAUGCCAGUCUGUUGUCGAACCAAGGUGGAGUGACUGUGUUCGUCCAGCGCCUUUUGGGUACGGGAGGACCUGGAUUACGUCUUCGCAUUGCGAGCCAACAUGUCGAAACGUUACGUGGGAGAGUGCAAGGCAAGGGACGAUGAUCAAAUUCACAAUCACAGGUGGAAGUGUGGGAUAUAUGGCCAUUGCCCUUUCCUCGGAUUAUGUUAUGGGGCCAGCCGACGAUGCCUAUAUCUGCUCUCGAUUAAAACCAACCAGCUCUGAAACGGUUAUUAAAUCGGCUUACUUGACUGGACAUCGCCCACCCACAAUCGUUGGAACAGUCAGUCCUGAAAACGUUGAAUCGAUUACAAUCGCUAAGACGAUCAUGAAAUGCUCAUUCUACAGAGAAUUUAACAUCACAAAGCUAGUUGGUACAACACCUGUCACUUGGGAUAUACGAACAUCAACAUUUAACGUGUUUUAUACGGAAGGUCCCGUUUCGUCCAAUGGUAAAGCAUUAAUGCACGAGUUUCAAGCGCGUACCACCAGAACUUUCACUCUACUGACACCACAAGUCAUUUACGCGCAAUCUCAAGAAACAAGACCCAGAACUACUACUAGUUCUGGUGGAAAUUUGAGCACUGUCGCUGCAAAAUCAACAAGUAAUGUGCUUGAACGGAAUAAUGGAACUGAAAAAAGUACAAAUUCUGGAACUUCUAUCUUAAUAAACAAUGCGUUACUUGCACCACUGCUUAUUUCCUUUUCCUGCUUUCUUAUAUAAAAAAAAAACUUUGCUGGAGCCCGCCUUCUGUAGUAUAAAUGCUUUGUAUAUAUCCUAUAUACACCACUGGAAAUUAUACAGUCACAUAAACCGUCUCAAUUUGUUGGGAUGGGACUUUUCACUCAUAUGUUUUUUAACUUUAUUUAACUCUUAAUAAUAACCUUAAUUUACGACUUAAAAAUCGCCAUUUUAGUAUAGAAAAAAAUGUAUUAUAAAAGUUAGCACCAAGUUACAGCGAAACAUUUUUAUAAGAAUUAUCAAAGUUUUUUUCUAUAAAUAAAUCUAUUUUACUGGUAAAGUCGACAUACGUGAUUAAACAUGCGAUUGCAUAUUUCUAUUUAUAUAUUAUUGCACAGACCGGUGAAAUCACGCGGGAAGUUUAGUAAUAACCGAGGCGAAAAUAAUAAGCAAUUAAGCAUACAGACCCACGCAAUUAACCAUACAGACCCACGCAGUGCUAUUCAUAACACGUCAGCUGCGUAAUAUCCUAUUCGUUUAUAAUAGAGAACGCAAUAUGAUUCAACAAUGAAUUUACGGAUGUAAGUGGGAUCACUACGUUAGUUAACCUCAGUGCUGUAGUUGGUGUACUGCGACCGGGAAGUAGCAGCGGAAACACAGUUUAUGGAUGUUAGAUAGUGAGAGAAUGAAAAAUGAGUAAGACAUUGUGGGAAAUAAGAACUUUAAAAAAAAUCGUCUGUCGGGGUACUUUCCUCAUCGCAAUCCUUUGUAUGACAACAAGGAGUUUGUAUUCUGUGGUGCCGUCACGAUACACUGCUUACUAAAGCGAAGCAAUUUUGCAUAUAAGUUAAGGUGAGCUUAUGUACAGUUGCUAGGUCGCAUAAUAGAAUUAGGCAGUAAACAUACCGGACAAAAAAAACAGAAGUCCAGUCAAAAAGUUUCCAGCAGUUAAGAAUACACACAGUUGUACUGCAUAACCAGCAGUUGUACUGCAUAACCAGGCAGAUGCGCUGGUCGUUACAAGGCAGGGCUAUAAAUACAUAUCGCUGGAUUUUUAUAUUCGUUCAUUAGUGAUGUAAUAACAGUGAACAAUAGCAACCAAUUUCUGUGGGAAAUGGAAAUGUGUACCGUUUAUAUUGUACUCAAGGCUAUUUGAUCAAGUUUUAGUAAACCAGCAGUUCUUCGGACAUUAUUUGUAAACUAAGCAGUUGUUUUUUUUUAUAUUUUUUUUACAGAUUCGAUUAAACUUAUAAAACUGUACUAAUAAUUGUAAGAAGAGAACGAAAGAAUGUUUUUGGUGAAACUUUUAAGUUUUAUCGUUUUGCUGCUUGAAAUUCAAAUUAGUUCAGUAUCAGGUUGUUCUAGUUCUUUGAACUGUCCAGGACUACAAUCAUGUUGCGGUUUGACGUUUUCAAGCUCCGGUGGCUACUGUUCUAGUUCCUGUUAUACCAACAGCAUAACAACAGCCGUACAUAAAGCGUUCACUUUAAGCAUUGGAGCAAUUGUUGGAAUUUCUAUUGGCGUUCUGGUGUUCAUAGGCCUGUGCAUUGGGGCGUGUGUGUACUGCUGCUGUGCGUGUGGUCAAGCAGCCAACAGGGGAGCGCCCCAGCCUGCAGCUACGUUUGUCGCGACAGUACCAGCACAGGACAGCAAAACUAUGGCUACAACAACCAGCAAUACAGCGCUAACCCGCCAGCCUACGGUGACCAGAAAUCGGCUAACCCUGACCAACAGCCAGGCUACGCCGGCCAACAGCCAGGCUAUGCCGGCCAACAGCCAGGCUACCCUGGCCAACAGCAAGGCUACCCUGGCCAACAGCAAGGCUACGCCGGCCAACAACCAGGCUAUCCAUAGGUAGCCCAAAUGAUCCAAACCCUACUACUGCCCAAUAAUGCGGUAUUUAGGCUGCCAAUGAUAUAUUCCCCAUUGAAAAUCGGUUUAAAUGAACAUUAUAACUUACAUGUUAAUCAAAUAGGACCAACACAUAUUAAUGUAUAUAUAGCGCCUCACAACAUGACUUGAAAAUGUUAUUCUAAUAAAGGAAGCAAAGCAUGA